UAAAAUUUCGUUCAAAAUUAAACAAUGUCACAUACAAACCAUCGUUUAAAUCAUCUUUUGAAACAAAACAAAUAAAAGGAAAAGCACUACGGAAAAUCACUAAUGCAUUACCAGUCAACAAGAACAAACAAAUUGAAUUAAUUACUCACAUGGCUGAAGAUCUAGGUAUUUUGGAUAUGAAGAAGAAACACGAACGUGUUCAAAAUUGUAUUUCAAUGUCUACACAAAAUGAAGUUAUUAAUUUUUAUUGUCGAGACGACAUUAGUUAUCAAGCACCAGGACGAAAAGAUUCAAUUACAAUCAAAAUAGAUGGUAUAAAACAGACAAUACAAAAGCGUUUCUUAUUAUUUUCAUUACGAGAAGUUUAUCAAUUGUUUAUCGACGAAUAUCCACAACAUAAGAUUGGACGUUCUUCUUUUCAAGAAUUACGACCGCCAAACGUCUUUUAUAGAUCGUCAAUGCCACACAAUAUAUGUGUUUGUAAUUAUCAUGAGAAUAUUAAUUUACUCAUUACAGCAUUAAAUGAACAUAUUCAGGACUUUACAUCAAUUAAUUUACAAUCAUUCAUCAAAUUGCUUGUCUGCGAUGAUAAUCGUGAAUCAUGUAUGUUUAGCAAGUGUGAUAAAUGUGCUGGGUUUUUCAAAGACAAUGUUGAAAAUAAAAUUAUUGACAAGACACGUAUUAUUAAAUGGACGUUGUGGUCAACAUCAGCAACACACCAAACAUUAAAAGCUGAUUAUAAUGGAACAGAUCUUGAAUGUGUUAAUAUUUUAUCGGCCAAAAUUAAACAUUUUUAUUUCAUGUUUUUAUAA